CCGGCAGCGACCAACCCGCCACUCGUACUGCGCUGUUCAAACAACCAACGCGCUUCCAAAAUCAAAAAAUUGAAUUCGCGUCCGGAAUGACAGAUUGAUUUUUUUUUAAACAUGUGGCUAUGGUUCUUGUUGGGUUUCGCCGCGGUGUGGACGGCGGACGGCGCAGGCGCGGGCGCCGCGCGGCUCGCCUGCUACGUUGAAAGCGCGCGAAAUUCUGACUUUACGGAGUGUACACAUCUCGUUUACGCGGGGACGGCCAGAGGAGACAAACUCGACGCUCUUCUGAAGGACUACAGAAAACAUAAUCCGAAAUUAAAAAUUAUUGUGCGCGUCACGAACGAGGAUAAGGACUUCAAGGACAUUUUGAAAUCGAAGUACAUCCAAGGUCUUGAGGUCCACGAUGCCCACCGGACUUUCAACAGGACGAAAGUCUCCGAGUUGGUCGGGGAAGCGCGAGCUGCGGUCUCGUCUGCUAACAAGGGUCCAUUAUUACUGGCACUACCUGCACAUCCAGAGCUACUGGCCAAAUACUAUGACCUGCGAACGUUGAUCAAGAAGGCAGAUCUUAUGAUGGUGCAGACUCACGGUUUGGGAAUGGUGAAGAAGAUGACGUAUCAUCCAAGCAGACUGAGCGGCUUGUGGGAUAUGAUGAACACCGAUUCAGUAGUAGAUCUAGUUAUCGGCCUUGGAAUACCUGCCUCCAAGAUCGUCAUCAGUCUGCCAGCUACCGCUCGCCAGUUCAAGCUACAGAACGAGACGCUUAGCACUCCCGGCAGCCCGACCCUGGAGGAGGAGCCGAGGGAGAUAGACCAGGCGGAGCUGUGCCGCCAGCUGCAGAAGGGGAGGUGGACUCUAGAGAGAGACCAGGAUCUGUCCGCGCCUUACGCUUUUAAGAACACAACCUGGAUUUCCUUCGAGGACUCUUCAUCAGUAGACGUGAAGGGCAAGUACGCCAGAGUGCGGGGUCUGGCUGGGCUGGCGCUGUUCGCCGCGGACAAGGACCUGGAGACUCCGUGUGGGAAUACUCUGAGGAGUGCGCUCCAUAAAGUGCUGAAUCAGCAGAGCAGAGCGCCGAGGGCAGCUGUGCUGAGGUCCCUAGAGAACGAGAUCCUGCAGCCGGGGGGCGGGCGCGCGCUGGCCGCGCUGCAGCUGUCGCCCUACCGCAUCACGCAGGUGGUCGACGCGGACGGCGUCAUACACAACAUUCGAGAGGACACCCGCACGGAGUUCGCGUGCUCGCGACAGGGCUACUUCGUGCACCCGCGCUCGUGCGCGCGCUUCUACCGCUGCGUCAAGUUCGACCAGUACUCGCCUGACUUCACUGUGUUCGAGUUCGACUGCCCGGCGGGGCUGGAGUUCGACGAGCGCGUGGAGGUGUGCGUGUGGCCGGGCGCGCGCGCCGGCGCCGCCGCCUGCGCCGGCUCCGCCGAGGUGGCGCCCGUGCCCGCCGCGCGCUUCCGCUGCCCCGCCGCAGAGGGCUUCUACGCGGACCCCGAGAACUGCCGCUGGUUCUUCGCGUGCCUGGACCACGGCACCGGCGCGGGCGCGCUCACCGCGUACGAGUUCCGCUGCCCGUUCGGGCUCGGCUUCGACGCGGCGCGGCGCCGCUGCGACUGGCCCUGGCUGGUGCCGGCGUGCCGCGCCCUCGCCCGCUACGAGGCAGAGGCCUUCGGCUUCUCCGACGCCUUGCUUACUGCUGCAACUGGUUUCCAAGGAAGAACUGCAGAUUCAGUGAACAUCGCUGCUCAUCAAAGUCUCUUAUCUGGAGCCUCUCUCGACAACCUCGUGGGCUUACAGACCGGCUUCCUCUCUAAAAAUGACGCCCUCGACAACAACUUCAUCUCAUCACAAGAGCUAGAGAACGCAAACUAUGACGUCGACUAUUCAGCUCUUGGAAGUCAAGGAGAGUACAGCGGUAUCUCAUACAACGUGGUCGCCGCAGACGCUAUCAACAAAGGAUUGGUACAAGCCACAAACUACAAAGACGAAGACAAAUACACCAGCGGAUCUCUCAUUUUAGACGAUUAUAGACUGCCCAAUAAGGCUACAGGCAAAUACGUCCCAAUAGGUAACAGUGGGCGUUACGACUCUGGAAAGUACCAAGUAAAAGCCAAGUACCAAGGAUCCAAUACCGGAGGGCGAUUCCAGAGUGGUGCCUACCGUAAAGACUAUUCUGGGGCUUAUGUCCACAAUCCCGCCGGAGACAGAGCGAAACCCUACGAGCACAGGGACGUCCCUCCCGUACCGUAUGAACAUAAAGUUGCUCAGUACGCGGUUAACACUAACUUCGAUAGAGGAACUUACUCCGGUACUUAUGACACUGGAUCUUACAACCAAGACGCAACAAAGUCUAGUGGCUACGACUAUCCUAAACCGAGCGUGCAAUUCAAUGAAGGCCUGUACCAAGGCAACGGAUAUACCAAUGAUGCGGGAACCACCAGUGCUCAGUCGACGAGUACUUUCCACGGUUCUUAUGGAGGCGGUGAAGCCAAUUACGUUGGUGAUGAUAAAGUGUACCCAGGCGCAGCUCACACUCUUACAGCGGGGGCAGUUAAUGUCGACUUAGUUGGAAAGACUACACUGGUCGAUGAGUCGAAUUACGGUCCCCAAUACAGCCAGAGUGCGUAUCAGCAAGCUACUGGAAUAUCUCAAUCUGGUGUAACUAUAACCCACGUGGGUACUGACAAUCAAAACCUCGACGGCUUCUCAUACCUGACCACUCCUACUUCUUCCGGUGUUCCAACAACCGCCACUCCUUUCGCGGCCACAACUUCUUUGCCAGCGACUUAUAAAACUACCUAUGUGCCGGAAGCUCCAAGAACUAGCAUCAAACAGAUAUUCGGCUACACUCAACCAGCUGUCACAUACGUUCAACCAACAGUUGUCGCUGUUACACCUAGUGUUGACGUUUCUGGUUACAAAGAAAGCAGUUAUCAAAAUACAGGAUAUUCCACAUUUAGCGCGGGUACAACAAAAUCGGCAUCUACAGGAUACGAUUACUCGAAACCCAGUAUCAAUUUUGAAGAAGGUAUUUCAUAUUCCACACCCGCGACAGUUACAGUCACAAAACUAAGGCCACAAAGUUUUUCACAUAAUCAACAAACACUUCACAGGCAAUCUAGCUUUGAUUACUCUUCCGCUACUCCUGUUACCGAAGAGCCAUUUAAGAAAGUAGUAGCAUAUACAACGGGAGAACCAGUAUCCUACGUGCAGCCGACCGCACAAUCAUUCAGUCAGCAAACAAUACAUAAAGUCGAAUCUGGAAACGUUUUCAAUCAAGCUGUAGAUAACGGUGAAAGAUAUAUCAAUACAGCCGUUUAUGAAACUUCCACACCUCAACCGAUCGCAUCCGUAGAAACUCAAUCUCAAUUUGGACAGCAAACCGUGCACACGGUGGACGCACACAAUGUCAAUGCUCAUUCAGAAAGUCAGUCAGGCUAUGAGUACACACGUCCGAGUGGUAUAACCGUUUCUCAAUCAACUGGAUACGAAUAUAGACAACCCAGCGUUCAAUAUGAAACACAGAAAGUGGUUCAAUACUCCACUCCAUCCACAUUCACUUAUUCAACUACUGCCGCUCCAUCUGUGUCAACAGCGAGGACAGUUUACGAAAAUCCUCUACUGAAAUACACGGUUAAAGUCACCCCGGCUACGUUCCAACAGACUUACGUCCCACAAGUUUUCAGGCAACAAAACAUUAAUAGAGGAACAGGAUAUCGGUACCAAUCUACUGCUCAGCCAAUCGUAUCAGUGCAGCCGACUGCGUCUACGUACCAAGUAUACAAUACACAGAAUUCGCAAGGAACUUACGAAUCUGGUUACGAAUACUCUCAGCCCUCAGUAACUGGCACAGUUUCAACGGUAGCGCCGGUUGUCGUCUCAUCUGAAAGGUCGCAAGCCUACAGCCAACAAACGAUUCACAGAGGUUCAGGCAGAACUAAUUUCGGCUCAGGAUAUGAAUAUAAAUCUUCAGCGCAACCCGUCAUCGCUGUUCGACCAGCUGACACAUACCAAUCACAGGAAUAUAACCAGCAAAGUGAAUCUGGGUAUGAAUAUUCGCAACCGGCUGUUGCUUUCAAGGAAACGGUAUCAACAGCGGCUCCGAUCGUUGUAUCUACUGAGAGACCUCAAGCCUACAGUCAACAAACUAUCAAUAGGGGUUCUGCACGAAGCAACUACCAGUAUCAGUCGACAGCUCAGACAACUGCUUCGAAUUAUGAAGCACAAGCAUAUGAACAGAAUGGGCAAGCUAACUAUGAAUCAGGAUACGAGUAUUCACAGCCCUCGAUAACUUUAAAGGAAACGAUACCAACGGUAUCAACGGUGGCUCCUGUCCUAGUAUCUACUGAACGAUCACAGUCGUUUGGUCAACAGACUGUACACAGAGUAGAACAAGACAAAAUUUUAAGUCCCCGCGUUGAAUUUAGUUACCAAAAACCAACGGUAACUGUAUUCGAGAAUCCUCUCUUAAAAUACACACAAAAAGCUACACUAACAGAUGUACGACCGACUGUUUUGACUCAAAACAUUAAAGAAGAUAUAAGACAACCUAUUCAAUAUCAAACAGGCCAACAAUCCUUCACACAAAACGUACAAUACAAUCAAGGAUAUUCAUACGACCAGCCCGAGAUACAGAGGAAUGUGGAAGUAUCCAGCGCUCCUGCUUAUUCCGACGCAAGUCUCGUAUCUCAUCAAGCAUUCCACUUAUCACAAGGAACUGCAAAUUCUGAACACACCGGUAACAAAGCAGUUUUCGUAUCAACAACUCCAGCAAACCUUGUUUAUGAAGCUCAUUACUCUGAAUACGAAACACCGAGACAAGAAUCUACAUUUAAAUCAGAUUAUAACGUGCAAAGAGGACAAGAAUACUACAGAGUUUCAACAACCGCCUCUCCAUUGUAUGAGCAAAGGGAAACAGUGAGCCAAUCCUCUGUUGACAUACCAAGUAGAGUAGAGUCAGUUCACUUCUCAUCCGUUCCAAGUACACAAUUCAAACAAUCGAGGUAUGAAUCGCCCGAAAUACAAGUUGCUUACAAAGCUGAAGAGUACCUUCCACCUGUAGUUUCGACUUCAGCUCCAGUAGUUACUUCUACGUUUAGACCGCGUACAUACUCCACUACUAGCAGGGAAUAUUUACCACCGUCUACUGAAGGAUACACAGCACCUGAGUACCUUCCGCCUGCAAAGAGCACAUACUUACCACCGCGCACUGAAAAGGUUGCUACAUUAGAAUACUUGCCUCCUACCCAAGAAUCUCGCGUAACUUAUGAUAACUACAAUUAUAAAGCUGGAUCAAAAUCCGACGGUUUCGAUUACCAGCAGAGCUAUUCGGUCUCAUCGGAAGUACCAGUUUCAACGACAUCAGCACCAGUUACCAGAAAACAAAAUAUUGUCGUAGAGACUGCAAAGUCUCAAUUGUUAGGUUUUGGCGCAGUUGGACCCGAUGCUGGUCUAGUCUCUACAUUCAGUACUGCACGACCGACCAUUUCCACUGCUGGAAAUUAUUUAGUACGUGAUGAAGUUUCCUCCACGGCCACUCCUGAAGUCGUCGAAGUGACUCCAGCACCGAGAAGAUCACGACCAAAGUACUUUAGACCAGUCGUGACCUCGACUACUGAAGCGCCAGUGUAUGUAGAAAGCACUUCAUACCAAGCACCCGAAUAUUUACCUCCAGACAACAAUCAAAAACAAAAUAUUUUCAAUUACAACUCUGAAUCCUCACAAAUAAAAUACAACCCGUACCAAAGUACGGAAAAUAUUGUGAGCGUAUCUUCGACAUCUUCAUACGGUAGAAAACAAAACAUCGUGGUAGAAACCGCUAAGUCUAAUUUAUUAGGUUUUGGCACCGUCGGACCUGACGCUGGGUUGAUUUCACCCGCGACAUACACUACAUCCGCACCUAUCGACGUAUCGAGUACGGUCGGAGUCACAUCAACAUACGUACCUAUAAGACAACAACUCGUCGAAGUUACAUCAGCUCGCGCUCCUCUGCGCAGGACAAAACCAAAAGUAGCGGUCGUAACAAAAAUCAACGAUUUCAACCCACUUCUUGUAAGAAAAUUGGGAGCCGUGUGUAGUUGCCAGUCUCCGGUUCUAGUUCUUAAAGGUAGAAGGCCCACAGUACAAACGCAGAUCAUUGACGAUUAUAGUGAUGAUGACGCUAACCGUGGAGAUAUUGAUGAUGGAUAUAGGCCAAGAACAUCCUACAGAGCUUCGACUACGCCAGGAAUCAACACGGUCACGACGGCCGCCCCAAUCGCGUCUUCUACAUUCAAUCCGAUCAUAGUGCCCGAUGACUCAUACUAUCAAGAUUACCCAGAGGCCAGCAACGACAACAUCGUGAUUACCCCAACGGGCAGAGGACACUCAGAAAACUACGUAUCGAGCACUCCCGUCGUAUCGACCACGGAACGCGUCACUAGAAUAAGACCUAGAGUUAAAUCUGUCACAAUCGCCCCGACCUAUAAAACAGUCAUUUUGAAUCAAGAGGUGGCCCCGGAAGCGGAAACUCUAGAGACUGUCAACGUGCAGACUCAGACGUUCGACCGCUACGGGCCCGGCGGCUUGCGAAGCAGAGAUGAGACGUUGCAAGGGUCCAUCGACUGCAAGAAGGCCGGCCUGUUCCGGCACCCGAAGCAGUGCAACAAGUUCUACGCGUGCCGCUGGGACUGCAACAAGCAGCGCUUCACGCUGCACGUGUUCAACUGCCCCGUGCAGCUCAGCUUCGACCCGACGCUCGGCGCCUGCAACUGGCCCAGCCAGGGGCCCGCCUGCCAGGCCGACACCUUGCUCACCAACACGCUCUGAAGUAACGGCCAUUUCGAAAAUAUUUCUCUCGACGUGCCAUCGACAUUGUGAUAACGUGUCCGCGACGUAAAUCGAUCUAAUUGUAAAAGAAUAAUGUUUAAGUCGAACCGAGUCUCUCUCUCUCUCUUGUUUGUUUACCUUUAGGCUUAUUUAUUUGUUUUACUGUGUUAAUGUUAAUUCAUGUUUAUUUAUUACUCAUGGUCUUUUUAAGCUUCUUUUGAAUCACAUUUCGGUAUUGUCAAUUCUAGUUACCUUUGUCUAGUUCAUUUAGAUGUAUUAUUUUAUAUUAAGGAAGUCA